AUGACGAAGAUGCAGUCGAGGAUAUUGGAAUACUGUACAUGUAUUAUGCAUGCUGCCUCUGCCACUAUUAUUUCUAAACGUGAGGUGUCAAUAUGUGAUGGGUAUUUUGAUAGUUCUACCAUUCAGAAUGUCAAACAUGAUGAUUCAAUUGGUAAUAACACCUUUGCUUCAUAUUCAAGCAUUAGUUGUUCUCUUAAUAGACCUACUAAGGAGAACACUUCUACUGGGAACGUUGAAGGAAAGACUGUUGACAAACUUGUUGAAAGUUGCAAUAGUUCAGGUUCUCAGUGUUCAUUGCCAAAUGAAAGGAAAUUAUUGUCUUUUGAAUUAAAUACUUGUGACAUAGAAUGUGAAGCUACAACACCGCCAAUACAUGCAUUAGAGCAUGGUAGUUUCUACAGCAAUGACAAUACCUGUUCUUUGAACACACAGGUGCUUCCAAAGCUGAUGUAA